ACCGUUGUUAUUUAAUAUUCAUUGUAUGUUAAAGUUUGAACUUUCCCUUAGUAGCGAACACUACAUCAUCGGACUGCACGAGUGGCGCGGAAGCCAGUUCGACGUUGAAUGCGUCGUGGAGGCGGCGCGCGCGCAGCACGGACGCGGAGCUGGAGGCGACGGGCAGCCCGGCGGUCGCGCGCCGCCGCACCCGGCACGCCGCCAGGCUCAACAUGGGCGCCUCCACCGACGACAUACACGUCUGCAUCAUGUGCAUGCGCGCCAUCAUGAACAAUAAGUAUGGCUUUAACAUGGUGAUCCAGCACCGAGAAGCGAUCAACAGCAUAGCGCUCUCGCUGGUGCACCACUCGCUACGUACCAAAGCCCUCGUGCUGGAGCUGCUGGCGGCCAUAUGUCUGGUGAAGGGCGGCCACCAGAUCAUACUGUCAGCCUUCGACAACUUCAAGGAAGUGGUCGCCGAGCCCAGGCGGUUCCACACUCUCAUGGAAUAUUUCAUGAACUACGACCAGUUCCACAUAGAGUUUAUGGUGGCAUGUAUGCAGUUCGUGAACAUCAUAGUACAUUCCGUGGAGGAUAUGAACUUCCGUGUACACCUGCAGUACGAAUUCACGGCGCUCAAGCUCGACGACUAUUUAGAAAGACUGCGACACUGCGAGAGCGAGGAUCUGCAGGUGCAAAUAUCGGCCUAUCUAGACAACGUGUUCGAUGUAGCCGCCCUCAUGGAGGACAGCGAGACGAAGACCGCCGCCUUAGAGAAGGUCAACGAGCUCGAGGAUGAGUUGGGCCAUGCGCACGAGAGGCUGGCGGCGUUAGAGAGGGAAGCGAUAGGUAAACUGGCGACGCUCGAAGCGGAACUGGCGCAGGCUCGCGCCGAACGAGACCAACUGGCUGAAGCCAGGCGGCAAGUCGUUGAAGAGGUAUCGACGCUAAGGCGAGCGCAACAGGACUCUAGAAAUAGACAAUCGAUGCUCGAAUCGAAAGUUCAAGAGUUGGAAACUCUUACCAAGUCAUUACCCAGAGGGGCGUCAAGUAAGAGGAGCUUUAAUUAUAUUUUUUUAUAUACAAACUUUUUGUUAGUUUGGUUCUCUGAAACGACUGGAUGAAUAUACAAUUAUUUACGUAUCUAUGCGGAAGACUAAAUUUCAAAGCGUCUGAAUCGCGCCGGGUACGAGUGAGACAGAUGCCCAAUGUGUGAGAUUUUAAAUUUUACGCUCAUUUAAACAAGACUCAUAAUACAUUUUAAUCAGAAGACGUAUUCUAUUUCUCCAAAUACGAAUUAUUCACUUCUACAAUUUCCAAAAAAAAAAAACGUAUUUUUUCAAUAAUGUAUGUUGCAAUUGGUGUAGGAACUGUGUGCUCGUUCAAAUGAUUAUUUAUCUUUUAAUCAAUUUGCUAUUUGUAAUCGAACUUCAAAAGCAUUUAUCGAUAUAGAAACACAGGGAUUGAUGUUUACUUCUACGACGAGAGUAUUUUUUUUUUUUGGAAUUUAAUAAUAUUUUACUGUUUUCAUAAUAGGAAUAACGACUAACUUGUGUUUGUUUGUCCAUUAGGUAUAUUAUUGAAGAAACACAUAUUUUUAGUGUAAUCGAUGAAUUACGGCAAUACAUUGAGUUGAUAUGUCGCAU